GACAACGGUGACAACAACAACAGUGACAACAGUGACAAUGGUGACAACGGUGACAACAGUGACAACAGUGACAACGGUGACAACGGUGACAACAGUGACAACGGUGACAACAGUGACAACGGUGACAACAGUGACAACAGUGACAAACAGUGACAACGGUGACAACAGUGACAACGGUGACAACAGUGACAACCGUCACAACAGUGACAACGGUGACAAUGGUAACAACAGUGACAAACAGUGACAACGGUGACAACAGUGACAACGGUGACAACAGUGAUAUCAGUGACAACGGUGACAACGGUGAGAACAGUCAGAGUGAUAAAAAUGACAACAGUGACAACGGUAACAAAAGUAACAGCAGUGACAACGGUGACAACAGCGACAACAGUGACAACGGUGAAAACAGUGACGACGGUGACAACAGUCACCGUUGUCCCCGUUGUCACCUUCACAACGGUGAGAAUAGUGACAACGGUGACAACAGUGAAAACAGUGACAACAAAGACAACGGUGACAACAGUGACAACAGUGACAACCGUGACAACAGUGACAACGGUGACAACAGUGACAACGGUGACAAUAGUAACAACAGUGACAAACAGUGACAACGGUGACAACAGUGACAACGGUGAAAACAGUGACAACGGUGACAAACAAUUAACAAUGACAAAAGUGACAAAAAGUGACAACAGUGACAAUGGUGAAAACAAAAGUGACAACAGUGACAACAGUGACAAUGGUGACAAUGACAACGGUAACAACAGUGACAGUGGUGACAACAGUGACAACAGUGACAACAGUGGCACAACAGUGACAACAGUGACAAUAGUGACAACAGUGACAACAGUGACAAAAGUGACAACAGUGACAACAGUGACAACAGGAACGACGUGACAAUUUUGACAACAGUGACAACAGUGACAACAGUGACAGUCGACAAUGGUGACAACAGUGACAAAAGUGACAACGGUGACAACGGUGACAACAGUGACAACAGUGACAACGGUGACAAAAGUGACAAUGGUGACAAUCCUGACAACAGUGACAACGGUGACAACAGUGACAACAGUGACAACGGUGAAAAUGGUGACAACAAUGACAACAGUGACAACAGUGACAACGGUGACAACAGUGAAAAAAGUGACAACAGUGACAACAGUGACAACAGUGACAACAGUGACAACAGUGACAACGAUGACAAAAAGUGACAACAGUGACAACAGGUGACAAAAGUGACAACAGUGACAACAGUGACAAUAGUGACAACGGUGACAACAGUGACAACGAACAACAGUGACAAAAUGGACAACAGUGACAACAGUGAAAACAGUGACAACAGUGACAACGGUGACAACUGUGACAACAGUGACAAAAGUGACAACAGUGACAACAGAAACAAUGGUGACAACGGUGACAACGGUAGCAAAAUGAUGACAACAGUGACAAUGUUGACAAAAAUGACAAAUAGUGACAAUGGUGACAACAGUGACAACAGUGACAACAGUGACAACGGUGACAAAAGUGACAACAGUGACAACGAGUGACAACAGUGACAAAUGUGACAACGGUGACAACAGUGACAACAGUGACAAUGGUGACAACAGUGACAACGGUGACAACGGUGACAAUGGUGACAACAGUGACAACGGUGAAAACAGUGACAAAUGGUGACAACAGUGACAACAGAUGACAAUGGGGUGACAACAGUGACAACAGUGACAAUAGUGACAACGGUGACAACGGUGACAACAGUGACAACAGUGACAAAAGUGACAAUAGUGACAACGGUGACAACGGUGACAAUGAUGACAACGGUGACAACAGUGACAAUGUUGACAAAAGUGACAACUGUGACAACGGUGACAAAAGUGACAACAGUGACAACGGUGACAACAGUGACAACUGAAAAAAGUGACAACAGUGACAACAGUGACAACAGUGACAACAGGUGACAACAGUGACAACGGUGACAACAGUGACAACAGUGACAACAGUGACAAUAGUGACAACGGACAAAAGUGACAACGGGUGACAACAGUGACAACAGUGACAACAGUGACAACGUAACAAUGGUGACAACGGUGACAACAGUGACAAUAUGACAACAGUAAAAACGGUGACAACAGUGACAAUGGUGACAACAGUGACAACAGUGACAACAGUGACAAUAGUGACAAGUGAUAGGUGACAACAGUGACAACAGUGACAACGGUGACAACAGUGACAAUGGUGACAAUGGUUAAAACAAUGGUGACAACAGUGAAAAUAGUGACAAUGACAAUAGUGACAAUAGUGACAAUGGUGACAAAAGGUGACAACAGUGAAAACGGUGACAACAGUGACAAUAGUGACAACAGUGACAACCGUGACAACAGUGAAAACAGUGACAACGGUGACAACAGUGACAACAGUGACAACGGUGAAAAAAGUGACAACAGUGACAAUACAACAGUGACAACAGUGACAAUUGACAACAGUGACAACAGUGACAAUGGUGACAACAGUGACAACAGUGACAACAGUGACAACAGUGACAGUGGUGACAACAGUGACAACGGUGACAACAGUGACAAUGACAGGUGACAACAGUGACAACUGUGAAAAUGGUGACAACAAUAGUGACAACAGUGACAACAGUGACAAUAGUGACAGUGAAAACAGUGACAACGGUAACAACGGUGACAACGGUGACAACAGUGACAACGGUGACAAUGGUGACAACGAUGAAACAGUGACAACAGUGACAGCAGUGACAACAGUGACAACGGUGACAAAGUGACAACGGUGACAACAGUGACAACGGUGAAAACGGUGACAAUGACAACAGUGACAACGGUGACCAAAGUGACAAUGGUGACAAAAGUGACAACAGUGAAAAUGGAGACAAAGUGACAACGAUAGUGACGGUGACAACAGUGACAUGAGUGACAAACAGUGACAACAGUGACAAUGGGUGACAAUGUGACAACAAUGACAACGGUGACAAAACAAUGGAAAACAGUGACAACAGUGACAACGGUGACAACAGUGACAGUCGUGACAAUUUUGACAAAAGUGACAGCAGUGACAAAAGUGACAGCAGUGACAAAAGUGACAGCAGUGACAAUAGUGAGAACUUGGGUGACAACAGUGACUACGGUGACAAGGUGACAACAGUGACAACGGUGACAACAGUGACAACAGUGACAACAGUGACAACGGUGACAAAGUGACAAUUAAUGACAACAGUGACAACAGUGAGAACAAAAACAGUGACAACGGUGACAACGGUGACAACAGUGACAACGGUGACAAUGGUUGGAGAAAAGUGACAACAGUGACAACAGUGACAAUGGUGACAAAAGUGACAAACAACAGUGACAACGGUGACAGCAUGACAACGGUGACAACAGUGACAACAGGGACAACAACAGUGAUGGUGACAACAGUGACAACAGUGACAACAGUGACAACAGUGACAACAAUUACAAAGUGACAAAAGUGACAAUGGUGACAACUGUGACAACGAUUAACGGUGUUAACAAUGACAACAGUGAAAACAGUGACAACGGUGACAAUGGAUGACAACAGUGACAACAGUGACAACAAAGUGACAACAAUGACAACAGUGACAACGGUGACAACAGUGACAACAGUGACAAAAGUGAAAACAACUGACAACAGUGACAACCUGACAACAGUGACAACAGUGACAACAGUGACAAGGGUGACAACGGUGAAAAAAGUGACAACGAUGACAAUUGUGACAACCCGUGACUACGGUGAAAACAGACAACAGUGACAAUGGUGACAACAACAGUGACAACGAUGACAACAGUGACAACAGUAACAACACUGACAACAGUGAAAACGGUGACAACAUUGACAACUGACAACAGUGACAACAGUGAGAACGGUGACAACAGUGAUACCGGCAACAACAGUGACAACGGUGACAACAGUAACAGCUGUGACAAUGGUGAAUACGGUGACAUUAUUGAAAACCGUGACAACCGUGACAACGGUAAAAACAGUGACACCCGUGACAACAGUGACAACCGUGACAACAGUGACAACGGUGACAACGGCGAAAACAGUGACAACACUGACAACAGUGACAAUUGUGACAACGGUGACAACCGUGACAACAGUGACAACGAUGACAACAGUAACAACUGUAAAAACAGUGAGAACGGUGACACCAGUGAGAACGGUGACAACAGUGACAACAGUGACAAUGGUGACAACAGUGACAACCGUGACAACAGUGACAACGGUAACAACAGUGACAACGGUGAUAACGGUGACAACAGUGACAACUGUGACAACGGUGACAACAGUGACAACGGUGAUAACGGUGACAACAGUGACAACAGUGACAACGGUGACAACAGUGACAACGGUGACAACGGUCACAAAAGUGACAACAGUGACAACGGUGACAACGGUGACAACGGUGACAACAGUGACAACGGUGACAACGGUGACGAAAGUGACAAUGGUGACAACGGUGACAAACAGUGACAACAGUGGACAACAACGACAACAAGGAUGACAACAGUGACAACAGUGACAGCGGUGACAACAGUGACAACAGUGACAACAGUGACAAAUAGUGACAAAAGUGACAAAUAAUGACAACUGUGAAAAUGCUGACAACAGUGAAAACAGUGACAAAAAGUGACAAUGGUUACAAAAAGUGACAAUUGUGACAACAGUGACAACGGUGAAAACAGUGACAACAGUGACAAUGGUGACAACGGUGACAACAGUGACAACAGAUCACAACAGUGACGACAGUGACCAACAGUUACAACAGUGACAGUGGUGACAAUGACAACAGUGACAAUGAAAAACGGUGACAACAGUGACAAAAGUGACAACAGUGACAACAGUGACAACAAUGACAACAGUGACAACCCGUGAAAAAAGUGACAACAGUGACAACGGUGACAACGGUGAUGAACCGUGACAACGGUGAAAACAGUGACAACAGUGACAACAAUGACAAGGUGACAACAGUGACAACGGUGACAAAAGUGAAACAGUGACAACAGUAACAACAGUGACAAUGGAGACAAAGUGACAACUGUGACAACAAUGAAAACAGUGACAACAGUGACAAUGGUGACAACAGUGACAACAGUGACAAAAGUGACAACAGUGACAACGGUGACAACAGUGAUAACAGGAAACAAAUGUGACAACAGUGACAGUCGUGACAACUGUGACAAUGGUGACAACGGUGACAACAAUGGACAACAGUGACAAUGAAAGACAACAGUGACAAAAGUGACAACAGUGACAACAGUGACAAACGGUGAAAACGGUGACAAAAGUGGUGACAGUGACAACGGUGACAACAGACUACGUGACAACAAUGACAACGGUGACAACAGUGACAACAGUGACACAGUGACAACAAUGGCAACAGUGAAAACUCUGACAAAAGUGACAACAAUGACAACAGUGACAACGGUGACAACAGUGACAAAAGUGACAGUAGUGACAACGGUGACGACAGUGACAACAGUAACAGUGACAACAGUGACAAUGGUGACAAAAGUGACAACGGUGACAACUGUGACAAUAAUGACAAAAUGUGACAACAGUGACAACCGUGACAAUGGCGACAACAGUGACAACAGUGACAACGGUGACAACGGUGACAACAGUGACAACAGUGACAACAGUGACAAAAGUGACAACAGUGACAACAGUGACAAUGGUGACAAAAGUGACAGCGGUGACAACUGUGAUAACGGUGACAAAUGUGACAACGGUGACAACCGUGACAGCAGUGAUAACAGUGACAACAGUGACAAUGGGUGACAACAGCUACAACGGUGACAACAGUGACAACGGUGACAAUGGUGACAACAGUGACAACAGUGACUACGGUGACAACGGUGGCAACAGUGAGAACGGUGACAACAGUGACAACGGUGACAACGGUGACAACAGUGACAACGGUGACAACAGUGACAAUGACAGGUGACAACAGUGACAACAGUGACAAUGGUGACAAAAGUGACAACAGUGACAAUAGUGACAACAGUGACAACAGGACAACGGUGACAACAGUGACAACGGUGACAACCGUGACAACAGUGACAAAAGUGACAACGGUGACAACAGUGACAACAGUGACAACAGUGACAACAGGACAACGGUGACAACAGUGACAACAAUGAUGACCAGUGACAAUAGUGACAACGGUGACAACGGUGACAACGGUGACAACGGUGACAAUGAAGGUGACAACGGUGACAACAGUGACAAUGGUGACAAAAAUGAAACAGUGACGACGGUGACAACAGUGACAACAGUGAAAACGAUGUGACAACAGUGACAACGGUGACAACGGUGACAAUGGUGACAAAGGUGACAACAGUGACAACCGUGACAAACGGUGAAAACAGUGACAACAGUGGCAGUGACAACAGUGACAACAGUGACAACGGUGAAAACGGUGACAAAAUAGUGACAAUGGUGACAACGGUGACAACGGUGACAAAAGUGACAAUAGUGACAACAGUGACAAAAUUGACAAUGGUGACAAUGGUGAAAACGGUGACAAUGGUGACAACGGUGACAACAGUGAAAACAGGGCCAACAGCGAUAACAGUGAAAACAGUGAUGACGGUGACAACAAUGACAGCAGCCACAACAGUGACAAUGGUGACAACGGUGACAACGGUGAAAACGGUGACAACAGUGACAAAAGUGACAACGGUGACAACAGUGACAACAGUGACAACGGUGAAAAGAAUGACAACAGUGACAACGGUGACAGCAGUGACAAAGGUGACAACUGUGACAGCAGUGACAGCAGUGACACCGGUGACAACAGUGACAACAGGACAAUGUGACAACAGUGACAACGUGACAACAGUGACAACAACGGCGGUGACAACGGUGACAACGGUGACAAAAGUGACAAAAAUGUGACAACGGUGACAAUGACAACGGUGACAACAGUGACAACAGUGAAAACGGUGACAACCGGACAACAGUGACAAAAUGAAAGGAGAUAAAGGUGACAACAGUGACAACGGUGACAACAGUGACAACGGUGACAACGGUGAAAACGGUGACAACGGUGACAACUGGAACAACAGUGACAACGGUGACAACAGUGACAAAAGCGAACGGUGACAACGGUGACAACAGUGACAAUCGUGACAACAGUGACAACGGUGACAAUGGUGAAACAACCGUGACAACGGUGACAACAGUGACACCGUGACAACCGUGACAACGGUGACAAGGGUGACAACGGUGACAAUGACAACGGUGACAACAGUGACAACAGUGACAACAGUGACAAUGGUGACAACGGUUACAAAAGUGACAGUCGUGACAAUGGUGAAAAAAGUAAAACGGUGACAACGGUGACAACGGUGACAAAGUGACAACGAUGACAACAGUGACAACAGGGACAACGGUGACAACAGUGACAACGGUGACAACAGUGACAACAGUGACAACAGUGACAACGGUGACAACAGUGACAACGAUGACAACAGUGACAACAGGUGACAACGGUGACAACAGUGACAACGGUGACAACGGUGACAAUGGUGACAAUGGGUGACAACAGUGACAAUGGUGACAACAGUGACAACGGUGACAACGGUGACAACGGUGACAAUAGUGACAAAAGUGACAACGGUGACAACGGUGACAACGGUGACAACGUGACAACUGUGACAACAGUGACAACCAGUGACAACGGUGACAACAACGGUGACAACGGUGACAACGGUGACAAUAGGUGACAAGGGUGACAACGGUGACAACGGUGACAACAGUGACAACAGUGACAACAGUGACAACAGUGAAACAGUGACAAUGGGUGACAACAGUGACAACAACAACGGUGACAACAGUGACAACAGUGACAACUGACAACGGUGACAACAGUGACAAAAGUGACAACAGUGACAAACAGUGACAAAAGUGACAACGGUGACAACGGUGACAACAGUGACAACGGUGACAACGGUGACAACGGUGACAACAGUGACAACAGUGACAACGGUGACAAGUUACAACUGUGACAACAGUGACAACAGUGACAACAGGUGACAACGGUGACAACGGUGACAACCCUGACAAUGGUGACAACAGUGACAAGCGGUGACAACAGUGACAAUGGUGACAAUUGUGACAACCGUGACAAGAGUGACAACGGUGACAGCGGUGACAACGGUGACAACGGUGACAAUGGUGACAAAAGUGACAGCGGUGACAACGGUGACAAUGGUGACAGGGGUGACAGCGGUGACAACGGUGACAGUGGUGACAACCGUGACAACAGUGACAACAAUGACAACAGUGACAACAGUGACAGCAGUGACAAAGGUGACAACAGUGACAACAGUGACAAUUGUGACAACCGUGACAAGAGUGACAAAGGUGACAACUCUGACAACAGUGACAACAGUGGCAACAGUGACAGCGGUGACAACGGUGACAACGGUGACAAUGGUGACAACCGUGACAACAAUGACUAAAAGGUGACAACGGUGAAAACGGUGACAACGGUGACAACGGUGACAAGCAGUGACAACUGUGACAACAGUGACAACAGUGACAACAGUGACAAAGGUGAAAACAGUGACAACAGUGACAACGGUGACAACGGUGACAACAGUGACAACAAUGAGAAUAGUGACAACAGGUGACCAACAGUGACAACAGUGACAACAGUGACAACAGUGACAAAAGUGACAACAGUGACAACGGUGACAACUGUGAUAACGGUGACAAAUGUGACAACGGUGACAACGGUCAAAACUGUGAAAAUGGUGACAACGGUGACAACAGUGACAACAGUGACAACAGUGACAAUGGUGACAAGGAUGAAAACAGUGACAACAGUGACAGCAGUGACAACAGUGACAACAGUGACAAUGGGUGACAACAGUGACAACAGCUACAACGGUGACAACAAUGACAACAGUGACAACAGUGACAACUGACAACAGUGACAACUGACAACAGUGAAAAGUGACAAUAAUGACAAAGUGACAAGGGUGACAACAGUGACAACAGUGACAACGGUGACAAAGUGACAACGGUGAAAACAGUGACAAUGGUAACAAACAGUGACAAUGUGACAACAGUGACAAUGGUGAAAAAGGUGACAACAGUGACAAUAAUGAAACAGUGAAAAUGAAAAAGGUGACAGCGGUGACAACGGUGACAACAGUGACAACGGUAACAACAGCGACAACAGCGACAACGGUGACAACAGUGACAACAGCGACAAGGGGUGACGCCGUGACAACAGUGACAGCAGUGACAACUGUGACCACGGUGACAACGACCCGACCACGGUGACAACCGUGACAACAGUGACAAUGGUGACAACAGUGACAACAGUGACAACAGUGACAACAGGCACAACAGUGACAACAGUGACAACAGUUAAAACAGUGAAAACAACAGUCAAAAUGACAACGGGGCAACAACGACAAGAGUGACAAAGUGACAACAGUGUGACAACAGUGACAACAGUGACAACAGGUGACAACGGUGACAACAGUGACAACAGUGACAAAAAUAUGACAACAGUGAAAACAGUGACAACGGUGACAACAGUGACAACUGUGACAAUGGUGACAACAGUGACAACGGUGACAACGGUGAAUAGUGACAACGGUGAAAAACGAUGACAACAGUGACAACGGUGAAACAGUGACAAUGUGAAAACGGUGACAAAGUGACGAUGACAGGUGACAACAGUGACUGCGUGACAACGGUGACAGCGGUGACAACGGUGACAACAGUGACAACAGUGACAACAGUGACAACUGUGACAAUGGUGACAACGGUGACAGCGGUGACAACAGUGACAACGGUGACAAUAGUGACAAAACAACGGUGACAACGGUGACAACAGUGACAACAGUGACAACAAUGACAACAGUGACAAUGGUGAAACAACACUCACAGCAGUGACAACGAUGACAACAGUGACAACAGGUGACAACAGUGACAAAAGUGAUGGUGACAACAGUGACAACGGUGACAACAGUGACAACGACAAUAGUGACAACGGUGACAAUAGUGACAACAGUGACAACGGUGACAACGGUGACAACAGUGACAGCGGUGACAACGGUGACACCAACAACAGUGACAAGCGGUGACAAUGGUGACAACGGUGACAAAUGUGACAACAGUGACAACAGUGACAAAAGUGACAAAUGGUGACAACGGUGACAAGAUUGACAACAGUGACAACAGUGACAACAGUGACAAUAGUGACAAUGUGACAACGGUGAAACAGUGACAACGGUGACAACGGUGACAACAACAACAGUGACAACAGUGACAAUGGUGACAACAGUGACAACAGUGACAACAACGGUGACAAUGGUGACAACGGUGACAACUGUGACAAAACUGACAACGGUGACAACGGUGACAACAGUGACAACGGUGACAACAAGUGACAACAGUGACAACAGCGACAACAGUGACAACAGUGACAACAGUGACAACAGUGACAACAAUGACAACAGGUGACAAUGGUGACAAAAGUGACAAAAGUGACAUCGGUGACAACAGUGACAACAGUGACAACAGUGACAACAGUGACAACGGUGACCACAGUGACAACAGUGACAACAGUGACAACAGUGACAACAGAAGAAACAGGACAACGGUGAAAGGUGACAAUAGUGACAACAGUGAAAACGGCGACAACAGUGACAACGGUGACAACAGUGACAACAGUGACAACAGUGACAAAAGAAAAUGA